AUGCCGGUUUAUCUACAGCUUGGUAUAUCGGGUUACAUCAAAGACCUUCAAUCCCCAGACGACCUUCAUCGAGACGAAAUUCUUGCCACGGGAGUUCUCUUAUGUAGUGUUAGCAUAAAUGGCCUCUACAAGUGGACUACCUUACUCAAAGGACUUCAUACCGUCUUACAUCAACGAAAGCUUCUAGAGACAACUAAUCAAUCGCCCCUCGUCGGUCAUCUGAUCGAAGUCAUCGCACUUCUUGAUGUUCCGCAUUUCACGUUAAACCGGAGCACGGAGUCGCUUAGGAUAUGGCCCUCAUACUUUGCUCAGCGGCAUUUGACGGGGGUCCAAGAAACCUCUGGCCUGCCGUACUCUCUUCUAGACCUCAUCUGCAAUAUGGACUCUCCUGACGCUGAACAGAGGCUUCGCAAUUGGCCUGGAGAGCUAUGCCGUGAAUUGGUCCAAAUUCACUUGUGGGAAGCGUUCCGUACUGCGGCAAUACUUCAUUCCAGAGCUUUACGGCCUGCGACAGAGAAUGAGGAGAAUAGAGCAGCGGCGGGGUUUAGCGACGAGCUUCUUGAGAUGAAGGCAUUGGCUGCAUGUCAAGCUGUCAUCGACUCAAAAGGUGAUUCGUUCCCUGGUGUGCCACACCUAGCUGCUGCACUCAUGUAUCCCCUCUUCAUAGUUUGCCUAUCCACUAAGCAGGACACUAUUGCUCGGUCUCUUUCGCGAGAUCUCUUCUCGGCCGUGGUCAACAAAUGGGGAGACCACGAAUUCAGACUGGCGUGGGACAUCGUCAUCGAGGUUUGGCAGAGGUCUACAAUGCAACCGGGGGUUUGUGGACUAAAGUUGGCGGAAGACUUUGUCGCAGAGCUGGACAUUGAGAUGUACUUAUACUGA